UUAACAGGAAAUCUUUAGAAGUGGAGAGGUAUCUUGAAGAUAUUAAAACCACAAGUCUUCCACGAGCUCUUGAGCGUCACAUCUGUAAGGUACAACUGUGGGAUCAACAGGUCAGCAUUCUACCUUUCCAGCACCGGCAGGAUGGACUCAUUCAACACAAAGACACUAGUCGUUCAGGCUCAGAAGAAGCUUCUCAGCAGGGUGGCAACCAAGUCUGUAAUAAGUGCAUUCAUGGAUGAUGUUGGGAGCGCUAUGCUGGAUCAUUUGUACAGGGCACUACGAGAAUACACUAACAGCCGCAAGGAGGCACAGAAAGUGAUUAAGAAUCUCAUAAAGAUUAUGGUUAAAGUCAGUGUCCUGUACCGCAAUGCUCAGUUCACUGCUGAUGAGGUAGCGGUGCUACAAAAUUUACGCAAAAAAAUACACACAGUUGCUAUGACCGCUGUCAGCUUCCAGCAGAUUGAGUUCACUUUUGAUCGUCGAGUCCUUUCUGUCCUGCUUACCGACUGUCGGGACCUCUUGCACCAUGCAGUUCGGCCUCAUCUGACACCAAAGAGCCAAGCACGUAUUAAUCAUGUCUUUGGUCAGUUAGCUGACCACAAUUUUUUGAGUGCACUAUAUGGAUCGAGUGAGCCUUUCCGCUCUCACCUGCAAGGGAUCUGUACUGGCAUCAAUCAAAUGCUGGAAGAAGGGACCAUAUGAAGAAAUCAAUGCCUAAAUGUGGUUUAUCCCCAAGCAGUACUAUUUUCUUCAAGCCGCUAAAGAACAUUUGUUACAGAGCCAUUCAUUUACAUAGCCCCCGACAUACUGCGCACUUGAACAAUGAAGUUUGCAAACAUAUGACUUAUCUAGUGAGGAAGGGUGAUCACAGAAACAAACUUAAUGCAAUGCUAAAGGAUGUAAAAUGUCUCUGCAGCAUAUUUUAACAGAAGCAAAACCAAGAAGAGCUACAAAACACAGCAAAAGCAAUAUGAGAGAACAACUUCCAAUGAUAAACAUAAAAGGGGCCAACAUGAGCCAGCCAUCCACAAAGGAGGGGAGAUGUUUUUUAUGUAACCAACCUUAAAAUAUUCUCAUGCAUGUUUCAGACUGGUUGUUACUCUGCUUUAUGAAAAUGUUCAUCAAUAGCUACUAUAGAACCAAUGUAGCUUUAGAAAUGUUGGAUAUAAUAAACAAAAUUAUAACUUCCCCCUUAACCCUUCCUGAUCUAUAAGUUUAGUUUUGACCUGGCAUUAUUUGCUGUAAUUUGUAAUUAUCAUUGUAACAUUUAUAGUUAAACGUUAUUCCAUUGUAUCAUUUAACAGUCAGUGAGCAAAAUGACAAUACAAUGACUACUGAUCUACAAUAUUUAUAAAAGUUUUAUUUAAAACUACAAGGUAUUUUGGAUCCAAAAUAUCAUUAUCCACUGUAUCCUUCAUUGCUUUAGACGCGAUACUGCAACUGUUUCCUGGAGUUCAACACACAGUUCUCAGUUAAACCCAUGCACAGGGUAAUAAAGCAUGUAGAUAGUACGCGAAACCUUUAUAUCAUCCUUUAUUCACAACUCAUCAUGUGCAGAUCGAGCCACAAUCACCAG